AAACGUGUUGAGUAAGAGCACAAAAUCACUUGCCGAGUCUAUAUAUGGCUACCUAUAAAUAACCUGUGAUUCUGUGUUAAACUAAAUGUGUUUUCUUACAUCGUCGGUUAUUAUGGCCUCUAUGUCAAUGUGGCAUUCAUCCGACACUGAUAUGCAAGGCACCGAGGGGCCAUUGGGGGGUCUUGAUGUCAGAAGAAGGAUCCCGAUCAAACUUCUUCCCAAACAAGCAAGGAAUAAACCAGCACCCCGACCACAGAGACCCUCAGGACGUUUACCAUCCAAAACCCAUUCUGUGGAUGAAGAUGGCUUUAACUACAAGCAAGAAGAGAGAUUUGACUGUGGCAACAAAGCAGGAGAUGCAUUUGCAAGUCAGCGACGGUUCCCACAGCUUUUCUGGGAUUUCAAGCUGCGCUUGAUUGGUGAAAAAGAUGAGACCCCGAUUCAUUUCUGUGACAAAUGUGGGCUACCCAUUAAAACAUACGGACGUAUGAUUCCAUGCAAGCAUGUUUUCUGUUACGACUGUGCACUGCUUCAUGAAAGAAAGGGCGAUAAGAUGUGUCCAGGUCUUAACCUGUACAGCUGUACCGAUCCAGUCCAGCGGAUUGAACAAUGCCAUCGUGGCUCUCUUUACAUGUGUAGUAUCGUUCAGGGCUGUAAACGCACCUAUCUUUCUCAGAGAGACCUGCAGGCCCACAUUAAUCAUCGACACAUGAGGGCAGGCAAGUCCUCCAGCAGUCACUCCGACUCUCUCCACCAUCCUCCCAGCUCGGAGGUGCCCGAGCGCUUCCGCGUGCCCCCACCGCACCUGUCCAAGGGUCAUGUGCUCAUACCACCCCCGCUCUCUCACGGUGGUCACGACCCCUACAGCCAACCUCCCUCUUCCUCCCACGAUGAUCACAGACCUCCUCCAGGCCAGCCUCCUGCUGGAGACAUGGGGCCGCCCCGCUGUCUUGCUCAAGAGACUUUCCGAAUCUCGACGGUAACCACGCGGAAGCACAGUAACCUCAUUACGGUUCCGAUCCACGAUGAUUCCGCAAGUUCGCGUGAGCAGCUCCCCCAACCCGGCAAUGCCCCGCCUCCUCACCAUCACCCUGGAGAGUAUCCAGGGCAGCCCGUUGUGACCCACCCGCAUCACAUGAUGGCCCCGCCUCAGCAGCACUACGGGCCCCCACCUCCUCCUCCUAUCAGUCACCCUAUGCCUCACCCGGGGCAGGGGUCCAACACGCCCCACAUGGUUUUUAACCAAGCACCCCCUCCACUUUCUUCAGUUCCUCCGCCCAUCACUCCACCUCCUGGACAUCUCCUCGGCCAGAUGCCUCCAUUUAUGAACCAUCCUCCACCAGGGCCACCUCCUCAGCAUGGAGGUCCCCCUGUUAAUGCCCCACCGCCCCAUCAUUACAACCCACAGUUUCCUGAGGACAAAAGCACUCUCAGUCCACCGUUUAACCAACCCGGGGGCUUGAGUCCAGGGAUGUGGCCGGCUCCCCGGGGCCCUCCUCCUCGAAUGCAGGGACCGCCUCCACAAGGACAGAUGCCUGGGCCACAUCAUCCUGAUCAGGGCCGCUAUAGGCCAUAUUACCAGUAAUGAAGUGGCUGUGGUGUUAUUGCUAAAAUAUUUAGUAAUUUUAUAGUUUAAAACUUUUGACUGUAUAGUAAAGAUCUGACCAGAUGGUGUUACAUCGUGUGGUUGUCAGAUAUUUGAACAUUUACUUUUUAAUAAUUGAGCCCAUACAUGCUGCAUAAUAGGGGCUUGUGUUCUUUUUGAAUGUAAUUAAAAUAAAUAUACUAAUUCAGUCUUA